GUUGUAAUCAACCGUCGCUGUAGCUUGGGCACCAGGUCCUACGAAUGCUUCUAGCGCUUCGGUACCUUAACUACCACUGUGCCACUCAUUCAUACAUCGAACUGAAAAUACUACUUAGUUGUCGUCUGGCAACCCCUCUCUUCAAGCUUGCAAUUGCACUUCCUUCGUUCCACAAUAGGGCGGAGUAUAAUACUAUCUCUGCGCGAAUAGUAUGUUUCGGAGGAGCAUCGCCAGGAUGGCAGCUAUUCCCAAAGACAUGAUUGGGACUACGGGAACUACAUACCAAUACAAACAGCUCCUCCAGGAGAGAGAACACUUUGGCCGUGUUUGGCUCGCAACGAGUGGGCAUGAUCGGUUUAUCUUGAAAGAUAUUCCUGAACUCAUAUUCGACCAUUUCAAUGAAGAGGUUCGACCCAACAUCCGCGAUAGUCCGUUUAUACGACUACCCGUUGACACGAUCCGUGAUAAGCGUGUUUUCGUGUUCAGGUAUCUGAAAAAAGAUCUCUUAAGCCUGGUGAAUAAACAGAUUCCUAUGCAUGUUACGAAGAAAAUCCUCAAGGACAGUCUUAGAGGACUCGUUGAAUUGCACCGCCAAGAUAUCGUACACCUAGACAUCAAGGCAGACAACAUCAUGGUUGACUACCAUCACGACGGGAAAAAGAUGGUACUCGAGAAGGUCCAACUCACUGACCUUGACAACGCGGCCUAUCUCCCCAACGGCAGAUACAUUAAAGGCAUGAUAGCGGGAAACGAGAACUGGCGUAGUCCCGAGGCGUUUUUCAAAAGCAAAAUCAGUAGGCCGGCAGAUAUGUUCUCUUUCGGGAUCGUCUGUAUCUACGCCGUUCUCGGUCGUGUCAUAUUCGGACCAGACGCCGAUCUGAAGAAGCAUGAAGAUCUGGGUGCAUUGCCUGAUAUGAUUCGAUUACAGCGGCAGGUAUCCUAUUUUGGAGAUCAGGAAGGAGUCGAUGGUCUGAAGGCGCACCUUGGCGAUGACGAGAUCAGUCUCACGGUUCUGAGUAUGCUUUGGGAGGAUCGCCAUGAGCCGUAUAUUCCAUACAAGCCGUUUGCGGAAUGGCUUGAGGUGGAAGACACUGUCUUCAAGGAUUUGAUCUUGCGAUUGAUGAAUUUGGACCCCGCGAAGCGAAUUACGGCGAAACAAGCAUUAGAGCAUCCAUGGUUCAAGGACAUUUGA